AAAAAAGCAUGAGCACAGAAAAUGGAAUACAGACUGUUAUCACACACUAUCAAGUGCCCACUUAAGUCACUCAUACACUGAUACACUAUUACACUCCCAUCCCACAUUAUUAACAUUACAUCACUAUAUAUACACACAAGUCACAAGCCUUGAUUUAUCAUCUUAUACACCAAACAAUAACAAUAAGAUAGCUAGCAAAAACACAUUGCUAGCAAUCAUGAAGCUUCUCCACUUCACUCCCCUCUUCUUCUUCCUCCUCCUCCAACUCCUUGCCUUUACCCGGGCCCGACCCGAUCAUUCUUGUAGCAUCCCAGACAAUAAGGGAUCAUCAACCCUAAAAGUGUUCCAUGUAUCAAGCCCAUGCUCACCCUUUAAGCCAAAGAAAAUGUCAUGGGAAGAAAGUGUGAUCCAAAUGUUUAUUGAGGAUAAGGCCAGGUUACAAUACUUGUCUAGCCUCGUUGCUAGGAAGUCGAUUGCUCCUGUGGCGUGGGCUCGACAGUUGAUCCAAAGCCCAACCUACAUUGUAAGGGUGAAUGUUGGGACACCUGCUCAGACAUUCCUUAUGGCUUUAGAUACAAGCAAUGAUGCUGCUUUGUUGCCUUGUAAUGGUUGUGUUGGUUGCGGUACUUCCCUUUUUUCAUCGGAGAAAUCUACCUCUUUUAAGGCUGUUUCUUGUGGUUCCCAGUGUCAACAGGUAGCAAACUCUGGUUGCGCCCAAAACUCGUGCACCUUCAACCAGACCUACGGAGGGUCCACAAUAGCGGCCACCCUCUCGCAAGACACCGUUGCCCUAGCCCAGGACCCCGUCCCAGGCUACGUGUUUGGAUGCAUCCAAAAGACAACCGGAGCAUCGGUACCCCCACAAGGACUAUUGGGUCUUGGACGAGGCCCAUUAUCACUCCUUUCUCAAACUCAAAGUCUAUACCGGUCUACAUUUUCCUACUGCUUGCCCAGCUUCAGGUCAUCCAACUUUUCAGGGUCCAUGAAGCUCGGCCCAGUAGCCCAGCCUAAAAAAAUCCAUUAUACACCAUUGCUUCAGAACCCAAAGAGGCCUUCUUUGUACUAUGUUAAUUUGAUUGGAAUUAAAGUGGGGAGUAAAACCUUAAGCAUUCCACCUGCUGCUUUGGCUUUCAACGCUAACACCGGAGCUGGAACUGUUAUUGAUUCUGGUACGGUGUACACCCGGCUAGCCCUACCAGCAUACACAGCAUUGCGGGACGAGUUCAGGCAUAGAAUGGGAAAGGCUAAUGUUACAUCUCUAGGUGGAUUUGACACAUGUUACAGCGUUCCAAUAACUAUACCAUCCAUAACCUUCCUUUUCCAAGAUAUGCAAUUGACACUGGAUCAGGACAACUUCCUCCUACGCAGUACCUCCACCAGCAUCUCGUGCCUUGCUAUUGCUGCUGCCCUAGGUGAUGCCGGUUCUGCCCUCAAUAUUAUUGCCAAUAUGCAGCAGCAGAACCACAGGGUUGUCUAUGAUAUCCCCAACAAUAGGAUCGGUAUUUCUCGUGAGACUUGUACUUAGAAUUAUUUUAAAACAGAGUUAAGGGGGUGUUAAUGCUUGUUCAUCCCCUGAGGAAAACAUAUGUAUUAGUACAAUUGUCCUUAUUAAUUAUCAAUUAUGUGUUGGGAGUAACCCAUUUUCACUAA